AUGACACCAACCCCAUCCAGAAAAUUCAAGUGUUUACAGGGAACUCACUUGCAACGAGAAGAAGGACCAGGUCAACCUCAGAUUGAGGUUCCAUCCCCAACACAAACCAGAAAAACAGAGAGGAAACAGCCUGCUCCUAAAAAAAUUGAAGCUAAAAAAUCUCCUGCGAAAUCCAAGGCCCAGAAGAGAAGAAAGAAGUCUAUAGAAGAAACACCAUCUCCAUCAGUUGACUUGACACUUGAUCUAUCUAAUGUUGUUCCUUUUGAAACUACUAAGCCUCAGUUCUUGACAGAUGAGUAUGCUGCCAGAUGGGAGUCUAUCUUAGUGCCAAUUGCUGUCCAUAUUGGAGAAACUGAAUUUUAUGAGGACAGUCACCCGACUGAAAGAUUAUCCCCAGUUGUUAUUAAGGAGUUCUAUGCCAAUCUGAUGCCCACUAUUAAUCAACAAAAUUCUCCACUCUUUGGUCAUAUAUGGCUAUUCCACAAUUACUACAAUUUCUCCCAAGACAAGAUCAAUAUGUACCUAGGUAUUUACGCUGAUGACAUUGAGGACCCCGAGAUUGAGCAGGAUCUAAUGGCCAAAACAAUCACUGGAAGCCUUGUCAGUUAUUGGCCUACUGAGACAAACCUGUUGCAUUUUAAGCUUCUCACCACCAAGCAUGCCAUUCUGCAUAAGAUAACUAUGAGAAACUGGAUCCAUGGUGAACACAGAGGAGAGUUGAAUAUUCAGAUGGUUGGAUUGAUUUACAGAAUUGGAAAAGGCAUCCCAGUUGGUAUGGGUCACCUUAUCUACCAUCAGGUAAUCGAAGUCCUGGACCAGAAAGAGCCUAAGGUUAAGCUGCCAUUCCCUUGUACCAUUUAUGAUUUGUUGUCGGCUCAAGGUUUCAAACCCUAUCAUGGUGAAACUCUAGAAAAGCCCACUAUAAGGCUAAUUGACUCUCGGCUAAAGCAAAACUCACAUGUGCUUGAUAUCUACCCAGAACAAGGAGGAAGUCAGACAUCACCUGCAACUAUACAGAGUUCUGCAACUACCAUUAUGACAGCACAACUACUCAAAAAGAAUAUAAGUGAUCUAAACAUGGUCAUCGAGGUCUUGAUAGAGAAAAUAAACCUGGAUAUGCAACUACUGGAGCAAUUUAAGUUUAAUAAACGUGAAGAGGAAUUAGCUACUACUACACAGGCUGCUCAAACAGCUGCUACUAAAGGAAAUGAAACUGCUGCUGCUGAAACUGCUAGGACCAGCUAG